AUCAGUUCCGGGUCAGAGGUGUUUGGAUUCUGAAGAUGGCGGCGCCCUGUGAGCUGUUUUGCUGGAAGGCUGGUUUGGGUUUACCGUCAGUAAAUACGGACUGUCUCAUCGUGCUGGCAUAUGCUCGCUUUGCUAGAGCCCCGCUCAAAAUUCACAGGAUUUCUAACCCCUGGAGAAGCCCCACAGGUUCACUUCCUGCUCUCAGGACCAAAGAUGAAGGCAGCUGCUCCCAACCCAGCCAGAUCAUCAUUCAGUUGAGAAAACAGAAAUAUAAUGCAGACUAUGAUCUCUCGGCCAAAGAGGGCGCCGAUACUCUGGCCUUCAUCUCGCUGCUGGAGGAGCGGCUGUUACCUGCACUGAUCUACGCUUUGUGGAUCGAUCCUAAAAACUAUGUGGAGGUGACGCGCCGCUGGCACGGAGAGAAUAUGUCCUUCCCGCUCAACUUCUUCUUGCCGGGCCGCAUGCAGAACAGGCAGCUUGAGCGACUCCGUCUGAUCCGGGGAAACAGUUCGCUGGAGGCGGGCGAAGAGGCAGAGAAGGAGCUUUACCACGAUGCUCUGGAAUGCCUCAAUCUUCUCUCUCAGCGGCUGGGAUCGAACAAAUUUUUCUUUGGGGAUUCGCCUUCUUCCCUAGAUGCAUAUGUCUUUGGUCAUCUAGCUCCGCUUAUUAAGAUCCGGCUGCCUAACUGCCGACUGCAGCAGAACUUGAAGAACCUGGAAAACUUGAACACAUUUUGCUCCAACAUCCUGAGCUUGUACUUCCCCAGCGAGAGUAAAGAUGGCGUCAGUCGUCCGAUGUCCAGCACACAGCAGGGGGGCGACUUUGACAGCGAGCCAUACAAAAGACGCAAGCAGCUGCUGUCAGUUCUGGUCGCAGUGGCAGCGAUGCUGAGCUACGCUUUCCUCACCGGCAUAGUCGCUAUUGAACACGUGCCGGAGGAGGAGCCUGCAGGCCCCGCCUCACUGAGAGGCCCCUCCCACGAGGAAGAGGAGGAGUGAAUGAGGAUGAAUGAAAGUAGGACUUUUCAGUUGCACUGGGAUGGUCAUGCCUAAAUGGUGGAGGAAAACACAGGAACAAUAUUUUGGGGGAUUUAUGUAUCAUUUAUUCCUUCAUCUUUAAUUGCAUGAUAAUCUUUGGUUUUAAAUCUGAUUUUUUCCUUAUAGAGCUGCACUCAUUGCUUUAAUCUCUUUACUGGGUAUAUUUACCAAAAAUAAAAAGCAGAACUGUUUAUAUAUUCACAUGCUAAGCUAAACUUAGCCGAGAAAGCACUUAAAAGCAUCGUCAUCAACAUUCAUUGUGUGGACCAAAACACGUAUUAUGGUUUUAAAUAGCUUUCUUUACGUGCUAUUGCCUUAUUUGAAGCUGUAUAUUUUUAUGUUUUUAUUUGUUUACCUGCAUUUUUCUGCUCUGCUGUCGGUACUGAUCUGCUGUUAUAUGCUUCAGAGAGUUUAAUACUCAUGUUAAUUUGAUGAUCCUAUUGAGUGAAAUAGGAAAUUGCCAAUAGUUAAUAACGUUUCAAGUCUUAAAGACGUAAAUCACCAAAAACAGAAUUUAUUCUACUUCUUGUCUCAUUCCAAACAUGUGCGACUUGGUUUCUCAUGUGACAUACAAAAAGACGUAUUACGUAAAAUGAUGAUAUUGAUUUCCUCUCAAAUAAAGGUCAGAUUUGCGCUCGCAGUUGAGGGAAAAAGUAGUUGAAACAACUUGUGAUCUAAAUAUCCUGCAGCUGUACCUUUUAUGUAAUUAUUCACUAAAGAUAUCCCUCUUGGAACAAUAUUCUUAUUCUAAUACGCAUAUGCAUGUUAAAAUUUGGAUACACGUGCUUGAUCACAUGACAUGUGAGAACCUUUUGCGUCACUGAUUUGUGCUUUGCGCAUUUGAAUAUUGAGCCAGAAUGCUUAUUAUGGCACAUCGUAUAGAAAGCACGAUAUGUUUAGUGACGAUCGUACAGGUUUGCAACAACACAAGCGGGAGUAAUUACAAAAUUGUCGCUCUUAAACCAACCCUUUAAACAUCUUCAGCCUACUGCAAAGGAUAAAGGGAAACUAUUGUACAUUAAUGAGGAUUAGAACCGGCACUUGCAUAUUUUUAAGCCAAAAGUUACUGUCCAAAGAAAUCUUGCUGACAGACCACAAAACUGGCUAAGAUGUUUCAGUUUCUGUAAAUUUCCAUGAGGUUCGUGGCAGUUAAGCUACAUGAGUGGAUUUUUUAAAUCUAGUUAAACUAUUUGAAAGAGAAACACUGGAUCAAUGAAGGUGGCUGAUUUAUUGCUGUUGUUUAUUGUCGUUUUCUUCCUCUAAGCAUCUUUGUUUUACAGCAUAAAGCUCCAAAACUAGUUCACUGGUGUGCCGAUGUAUUCAUUCAUACUAGAUUCUUCAGAGAUGGAGAAGAAAUUACAGAUUGCACAGUAAUUUAUUCCAUUUUCACAUAGUGUUACGGGCUGUAAAUACGUGUUGCUUAUGGAUUUCUAUUUUCAUAAUUUAACGGGCAAAUAAAUGGUCCUGAAUAA